AUGUUUUGUGGGUUCUGCACAAUAUAUGGGCUCUUCGCACCGUGCUACACCUCCCUUUGGCAUCGAUUCUCAAUGAUCAUUGCACCUAAAGAUCCAAGAUCAGCCUCGAUAAUCAACUUCUUUUUGGCCUCGCGCGGCGUCGCCAAUAUUAUGACCGGGCCCCUCUCCGGGCUGCUUCUCAAUACCCCAACCCCUUCGAUGAAAGACUAUCGCGGAGUUAUCAAUUCAUGUGGGACAUUGUUGCUCAUCAGCUCAUUAGGAGUAGGAAUGAGGCUAUUUUACGGCAGCGUACCUGAGAGUCCAUCAAAAGAGGAAACGUACGAAACCCAUACGACUUCAACCGAUCACUGGCACCAUGUAACAUCGAAAGACUUGCGGAACAGAAAGGAGGAUUCGUAUGAGAUGAAUAACCUUUAG